AUGGCCACCAAACUUGUGGACCUGGUGUAUUGGCGGAACAUUAGGAAGACCGGUGUGCUUUUCACAGGGCUGGUGAUCAGUCUGGCCAGUCUGUUCCAGCUCAGUGUCAUCACUGUGCUUGCCCACAUCUGUCUGGGUGCAAUGUGUGUCACCUUCUCCAUCCGUCUCUACUAUAAACUACUGGAGCUGCUGCGCUGGAACCCUGGGGUCCACCCAUUCCAGUCAUAUCUGGAUUAUGACAGUACUCUGACAGAUAAGGAGACAGUGAUGCUGGUAGAGGAGGUGGUGCUGCUGAUUGCGUUUGCCGUCACAGAGAUCAAACGCCUGCUUUUCAUCGAAAGUGUGGUCGACUCCAUUAAGUUUGUUGUGCUCCUGUAUCUGCUGACCUACGUCGGUGUCCUAACCAACGGACUGACUCUGGUGAUAACUGCUGUGAUUGCUGUUUUCUCCAUUCCUCUGUUGUACAAAAAGCAGCAGGUGCGGACAAGGAGGAUGGUUAGAGCUGUCAAUGCUUUUGUAAAGAGAAUCAAAAACCUGUGCCUCAGUCUGUAUGAUUCAGUGAGACCUUCUUCUGCCCCUGAAGCUGCCCCAAAACCUGCACCUGCAGCUGCCCCCAAACAGAAAGCCAAAUCCAAGUAA